AGAUGUAGAGCGAGCAGUAGCAAGGGAAAAAUAGGACGAGCCCAGAACUUGAAGUCGGCGAAGAACUGAAAGAAUACCACUUUUUAAGUAGACCCACCGCCUGCUGCAACGUCAUGAUGUCGUCGACGACAGGAGGAGCAAAAAAUCCAAACUUCCUGCGGACGACCGGCGCCAGCAGCCUUCGCCGCGCACCGGUUCCGCCCUCGAGCACCAGCCGGGGGCUGGUACUUGUAAAUGCGUACUUCUACAUGUGGCGCUGUACUAGUACCACGCACGGCAUGCACAUCAAAGUGGACGACCACGACGCAGACGCAGAUAUCUCCGCGAAGGUAGUUGCGCAACACCAACUAGUACCCGCGUCAGCAUCUACUAGUAGCGCAACUUCAUCAACGUCAAAAAUAAUCCACGACACGAAGCUGCUGCAGCAGACGCCGGAGGAGUGCAUGUGCGUGAAUUCGGGCCUGAAUGCGGACCGUGUGAGUGACAGGUUCACCCCGGCACCCGAGGGGAUGCCGAACUAUCCUGAGUAAAAACGUCCCCACACCAGAGUUGUCAUGCAGAUUUGCAAUGACAGGAACAGAACAUUUGUAAUGCGCAUCGCCAGGAGAGGCAUUUUUAGUAGUGUUUUGGAAUUUGUAAUGCUGUAAACAGGAUGAGCAAAUGGAUUUCUGACGCAGCUGGCCUUGCGAACCUGCGCUACACUACGGACUGCAACUUGUGAUGCGUGACCCCCAAAAGUUCUAGGUUUGUGUUGCAAAAUCCCCAUCUUGACUCUGGUGUGGGGAUGUUUUUACUCAGAAUACGAACCAAACGUGGUUCAGCACCACGGCUGACGCGAGUGGCAAGUAUCCGGACUCGCCCUAUAUCAAAUGCAAAAAUGUCUGGGUCUGGAAGAUUUCCAGGUUUGUCAUGCAUAUUUCGCAUGAGCUAUGAUGCCUGUAAUGCAUGACCUAGCAUGACAGAUUUUUUGCGGGUAUCUUGAUGCCUAUCCCGCAUGACAAAUGCCCUCUCCGCGGAGCAAAAACUGGACGCCUCUUGCUGCUCAUGCAAUACAGAUAUUUUUAGAUUUCAAAAAUAGCAUCACAAGUUGCAUUCUUCCAGACCCAGACAUUUUUGCAAUCCAUACCCUACGGCCAAGUAUGAUGUGAGAAAAAUGUGUUACAGGCACACAUUGGCUGGACCUUUACUUCAUCAGCACAAACAUUCUCUGCAUGGCAGAGAAGUACUAUAGAUACUUGUAAUGCAGCGAUUCUUACAGAUUGAUCACAAGGAAUUUUUAUUGAGCAUAUUGUAUGAAAUUAUAUCUACAACUAGGCUCGGGCUCCUGAGAGUAUCCGGCAUGACAGAACUUGUCUGUCUUGCUUGGCCUGCGUCGUAACACUCUUUUCUUCGCAUAGGAAGUGUACACUGACCAGUACGGGGGGCCCGCGGACUAUCAAACAAAAGAAGUUCGUCACGCUUACUCAUGCGCAUUUGUUGGAACUCUCCGUCAUGCGCAAGAACAAUGCGUCAACGCAGUCAGACUCCAUGGGCGAUUUCAUCCCUUGUGUUUGCGAAAUAAGUUGUACAAGGAAAAUAAUUUCCUGUGAAGAUGCCAGAAAAAUCUCUGAUGCAAAUAGACCUGCAAGUUCCUGUGAUGAACCGUUUUUUCUCUCUUCCAUACGGACUAUGGGGAGUACUGUCGCGCGUGGGAAGACGAGUGCGCCUCGAUUGGGGGCAAGGCUGGCGAGUAUGAAAGCCUCAGAAUGGAAAUCCUCAAAGUGGAAAUAAGUAAUUUGUGAUGCAUGAAAUGCAAGGCAAAAAAGCCUGUAUUGCAGAGGACACAAUUGAGGCCGACUAUUGCCCUGCUAGGGGUGAAGAAUUGGGCUGCUGAUUAGCACGACAGGAUGGCACCCCUUUGCCUAACUAGCAUGACAGGCACGUUUUGAGUGCCCAGGAAAUUUGUCAUGCGCCGACUACAAUUGGCACUUUGACUGGAGUCGUUUUUUUGCAUUACAAAUUAUUUCCAGUUUGAGGAUUUCCAACCUGAGGCUUUCAUAGCGAGACUUCCACGUGUGCAAUCAGGGAGGAGGAUUGCGGGACUGCUCUGGAUACGAGGCCGGUUACCUGUAUGGAAGCGUCAGGUUUGAAAUCGUCAGAGUUGAAAUAAUUUGCAAUGCAUAAGAUGCAGGACCCGAGGCACGUGUGUUGCAGAGCAGGCAAGUGAGGCCGAUUGUGAGCCUGUUUGGGGUUACAGCUCGAGCUGCUAAAGUAGCAUGAUGCAAUCGCUCUUUUUUGCCUAAACAGCAUGACAAACUGGAUUUGGGGACCAGCGAAAUUUGUCUUGCGCCACUUGAAAACUGGGUUCCAACUGGCAUCCAUUUUAUGCAUGACAAAUUAUUUCAACUUUGUCGAUUUCAACUCUGACACAUCCAUAACCUGCUCGAAGACCUGGUGCUACAUCCGGACAAGCAGCGCGGUGAACGGCAACAUCGCGAAAACGGACGCCAUAUGCAUUCGCAAAAGUACUAUCGCACUCGUAAUAAAAAUCGCAGUCAUGCAGGAGCAUGACAAAUCCAAGCUGUAACCUGAACUAGCAUGACAAAUUGAGUUUGUGUUCUUGCGAAAAUUUGUAAUGUGCUUCACAUACUAGUGCAAUACCAAUACAACUUUUGCAAUGCAUACGACAAUUUCCCGCCAGUGUGCUCCAACAUCCCGGCGGCAAACCUGACCGUCCAGAGCCGCGACAGCGUGCACCUGUUACGAAUUGCAAAAGUAUCGCACUAGUAUAGCUUGCAAUACCAAUUGGCUCAGCAUCACAAAUUGAAUUUGUAGUGCGGGUUUGCCAUAGCACCUAGAUUUGUAAUGCAUGGCCGCAAUUAAUAGUACUACUACUAGUACGAUGCUUUUGCACAGGAUGCCUGUGGUGGUCUUACGAUUUCUGCACCACUACUACCACGACGACCACUUCUAUGAAAGUGCACAACUCCCCGUCCCCCUCAUUUGUCAUGCCCAAUAUUGCUUACCAAGUCUAACACUCUGUGCCCCUUUGGAAUGUUAGCAUGACAGAUUCUGGCAGGCCAAACACCACUACAAUUCUGUGAAAAUUUGUCAUGCAAGAAAAGCUACACUCUUGGUGCAUGCCCUUCUUUUCUGUUCAUGCAAUACAAAUGAGCGAGAGGGGGAGUACUAGUUGUGCACUGUUAUAACUUCCACGUUGGCGGUUGAAACUGUUUCCCCCAGCACCACCACCACCCCUGCGCCGGAGACGACACCUAUCCUGAGCAAAAACGUCCCCACACCGUAGCCAAGAUGGGGAAGCCGCUAGACAAAUCAACAAGCCAAUGAUAAAUUUGCCUUCGUAGUGUAUUAAUCCUGUUUAGCUACUUCAGCAGCGUCACAGAUCUGGACUAUCGUGCUGGGUGGAGCAUAACAAAUACCGAAACACGACUAGAGCGUGUUGCACUCUCAUGGGGCUUCGCAUGAAAAGCAUUUUUAGCAUGCAGAUUUGUACGUACAACUAUGGAGAAGUGGGGACGUUUUCACAAAGGAUAAGACCGAGUCCGGAGGAACUCGCCAAACUUCAAGCCGAGCUGCAGGCGGCCAGUAUAUGCAUUGCAAUAUGUUUGGGUCUGAAAGAGUUUCGACUUCCAUGCUAAGAGUCUGGUGCAUACAAAAAUCUGUCUUGCAUGAUAUUACCAUAAGCUGCACUCUUUUAAUAAACCAACAUGAGAUGAGGGAGUUUCUCAUGCAGGAGAGGCAUGGCAUAUUAGUCUAUGCCAUGCCUCUCCUGCAUGAGAAAUUUGUCGUGCUAGGUCCACCUGCAUUCCGGACCUGCUCAUGGGGAAUGGAAAUUUUGCAUGACAAGUUUGUAUUCCACCUGCAGACCCAGACCUAUUUGCAUUUCAUACGGUAUGGGUGGCGACAGUACCGCGAACGACACGAAUACUACGGAGGAGCUCCUUCUAGCGUUACGGGGUGGAACAGGAAGAUCCGCCGGCGAUCACUCGGGGAGCACAACCACAACCACCGGUGGGAGCGGGGCGUCAACAUCCACUGCUAGCACCGGCGGCGGCCACACCACUGACACUGAGGACGCUGCUGGCAAAAGUAGCGGUGCGCUUCUGCUGCAACAAACCAGGAGCGUGGAGGACGACGUCUCUGGUGGUGUUCACGAUUCGUCUUCGAGCGGCGGGGGCUCCGACCACUUUGGCGGCGGCCAAGACCUCGCUGGUGGCUCCGGCUACUACUAG